AAUUUGCUCGCUGAUCUGCACUUUAAAGUAUAAGUUUAACACUAUUUGGUAGUCAGCAUUGCUGUUCAUUACAAAUGGCGUUACCAUAAGUUAGAAAAAAAUUGACUACAAUACCAAUCCACCACUUGCAAUUUGAUGUAUGCCAUAAAUGCGAAUUGCUUUUCUUGCAAAGUAUCACAAUUAUAUACUAUAUAAAAAUUUAUAUCCUUCUUUUGUCCACUAAUUUGGUUUUAACUUGAAAAAUUAUUGACAAAUUGCUGAUUAUGUCUAUACCCAUCUCAUACCAAUGCGAAAAUCCCCUAGAGUAAACUUAUGGUUUAUUAAUUACCCAAUCUGGCAAUAAAUUCUCGCGAUGUUCAAAAUCGCUCUUAACCGCUCUCUGUCUCCCAUCUCACGUAAGAACGGCAGUAUACACUAACUCGCACAUGGAAAGAGACAAUGUUUGAAUGAUGGAUCGUUAUGUUUUACAGACACGAUUUACCGACGGUUUUUUAAUUUGUUUGUAUUUGUUUAGAGACAGAAGCGCCUACUUAAAUAUAUUUCAAAAUUAAUGGUAAGGCAGGAAGUUAUUCUUUGUAUGUGCUCGUCAAUUCUUCUAUACGAAAAAUUGUUCAUUUUUCGAAAGGUUUAAGACAAAAAAGCGUUUAAUCACAAUGGUAAAAUGUUGAGGCCUAUCACUCAGCCACGGACAAUUGUAUUUCAUUUUAAACGAGAAAAAAUAUGUUGAAAAAUGGAAAAAUCCAAUUAUUCCGACAUCAGUUUUUGUUCCUAUUCAAGUGCUCGCAAGUGUACGUACAUCUGUAUGUAUAUAACAAGCGAAAUUAACAGUUAUUCGUGGACGCAAAGAAAGGGUUGCCAUCAAAUAAUGCAAGAUAUACCUUAAGUAUGAAAUAUUUUCAUUGACUUAUGGUAUAUUUACUUAUAACUUUUUGAUUGAUUAUGAAGUACUUUACCGAAAUACGUGUACACAGCAAAUUUUACAUGCAUACGUCCAAAAAUAACGACUUUAUAGGCGAGAAUCAGAAGGCCGCAACUACAACUUCAACAAUUUCAUAAACCAAAAAGCCGUAACUAUCCUUUUUUCAUUCUCUUUGAUUCAAUUUCAAUGUGACACAUUGUGUUAUCCGUAAUUACAGUUGUUUUCAUUAUCUUUCAUUCUUUAUCAAAUUGUGUUAUUGUGUUACUGCCUUUAUUCCCCGAAUAAAACAAAAUUAAUAAAAUGAGUACUAAUUGUGAAAAUGGUUGUAAUGAAAAACUUAAAAAAAAAAUAAUAAAAGGUCUGGAUAUAUAAUAAACCGAUUGAAAGGAAAGAAUACGUGGGACUAUCGAAAGGCAUUAUUAGUGAAAAAGCUCCAAGAGAACUUAAAGCUGGAUGUACUUCAAAAUUCUGUGAGAAAAGUGCUGUACGGAAUUGUUCUACAUUUUCCGAAGAAAAUCGUAAGGAAAUAUUUAAUGGGUUCUGGAAAAUGUCAUGGGAUCAAAAAAAAAUGUAUGUCGUUAAUCUUGUUGAACGCGCGAACAUAAAGCGAAUUGGUUUUGAGAACUCUAGAAGAUCAAUUACAAAACGUUACUAUUUAAAACAUCAUUCUAAACGUGUUCAACUGUGCUUUCAUAUGUUUUUAUCUACGCUUGGAUUAAAUGAGAAAAUGGUGAGGAAUUGGGUAAAUUUCAAUGACUCCCAUGGCACCAAUAUUUCGCCAGAAGAACAAAACAAAAUAACAUCAGAACGUAAAGCAUUUACUAAUGAAGGAGUCUUAUUUCAAAAACGUAUACAUUUUCUGGAAAAAUGGUUGCAUGACAUUCCUAAGCUUGAAUCAGAAAUGAGAAAUGAACAGUAUACGAAGAAACUGUACUUGCGGUCCGAUUUUAAAAGCUACAAACAGUACGACAUUCAUAGAAAGGAUAUACAAGACAUGAGAAAUGAAAAGUUAAUUGACAUAGAAAACGCUAAAUCAGGAUUACACUUGUUGUUAUGCAUUGACAUGCAGGCAAUGAAAUUGAUUCCACAGACAAAUGCAAAUGCCACGUACUAUAAAAUGAAAUUACAAGUGCACAAUUUCACAAUUUAUAACGUUAUUUCACAUGAAUCUGACAAUUUUGUCUGGGACGAAACAGAUGGUACCCUUGUUGCUUCUAUCUUUGCUACAUGUAUAUAAAAAAAUACAUAAAAAAUUCCACUAAAAAGUCACCAAAUAUUCAUCACAUAAUUAUAUAUUCCGAUGGUUGUUUCUACCAGAACCGAAAUGUAAUUCUCUCUAAUGCAAUAUUAUCUUUAUGUGUUCAAGAAAACAUAACGGUAGAACAUAAAUAUUUAAUAGUGGGACAUACACAAAUGGAAUGUGAUUCGAUCCACUCCCUCAUUCAAAGAAAAAUCAACAAGGGACAAUUAAAUUUACCAUCUGAGCUGUCUGGCUUGAUUAGAGAGUCUCGAAAGAACCCAUUUCUAAAAGUGCACCAUGUUGAUUACAAGUAUUUCCUUGACUACGAAAGUAUUCCUAAGCGCUACGUAUCUAUUCGACCAGGCAAAAAAUCCGGAGAGCCAACUGUUAAUAUGAUCCGUGCCUUGGCAUAUGAUUCAUCUGGAAUAAUUUAUUAUAAAACAAACAUCAACGACGAUUAUAACGUUUUGCCACAACGUACACAACAAAAAUUUAGGGACAUCGAACCUUCACAGUUACAUACCGAAAGAAUAUCAAUAUCCAAAAAGAAAUGGGAACACUUGCAUGAACUUAAAUUUUUACUUCCGGCUGACUGCUACAGCUUUUAUGAUAAUAUACCCUUUACAUCUUAAACCUAUUCUAAUUUGCUAUUUGUAUUGCAGGUUUUGUUGUUUUCAAAUGAAUUAUUUUGUUUUUCUUAACUAGUUUAAUUUAAUUUUAUUUUCUCGAAUUAAAUGUAUUAAUUAAAUAAUUUCUUUUGUGUUAAAAUACUUACAAUAAAUAGAUACAAAAAGACAUAACUUGUUAAAAACUUUUUUAGUUACAGCCUAAAAGCACAUUUUCUUAUUUUAACCAUUGCUUUCAUUUUAUACACAAUUUUUUUCAAGUAGUUACGGCUUUUUGGUUUCAGAAAAAUAGAGUGCAAAAGGCCGUAACUAACAUUUCUUAAAAACUGCUUUUUUCCAAUUAAUUUGGUUUUCAGAAACAAAUCCGUCUUUGUUUUCUAAGCUUAAAUCUACAAUUUGGAUAUUUAGCUUUAAGUAGUCUUUAAUCUAUAACGUUUUUUGCUUCUCCUGUAAAAUACUAAAAAUGUUAGUUACGGCCUUUUGCAUUUUAGGUGACGAUAUGUUACUUGUGCAUUUAUGAGUAGAUAUUUGUUUAGUUUUAUAAUAAAAGAUUUAGCAUAAAAGAUAAAGAAUAUGUUCAGCAACCACGGAUUAAUAGUACUUAUGCUGUUAUGUGCAUCUGUAUGUAUUAAAAAAUUGUUGAAUAAUAUAUAAAUGUUCAUCUGUAAAAAGAUGCAAAAUUUAAUCCCAAACGAUAGUAUAUUAUAAGAAGAAUUUAUUUUUCAAUUUAAAUAUUAACAAAUACACACCAAUAAUAAUUGGAAGUGAUAUGGUUUUCUUAAUCUGUGGCUAUGCGCAAUAGUAUAUGCAUUUAUCUAAAUACAAUUAAAAUCCCGCAUAAAUUAUUUGCUUUUUGAAACUACUACACAUGAAAAAAUGCAUGGCAAUCAUGGUGCCAUCUCAUUUCGCUCAUCAUGGCUUGCUUUGUCUUCAUCUGAAAUCAGUCGGGAAAUUUCGUGCUUCAACAGACAAAAUAACUAAAAUUGUUAAAUAAACAAGGAAUUGAUUAAUAAGAACGCAAAUGUUGGUAAAAGUGAAAAGUGGGAAUGUGAUAAAACUCAUUGAUAUAAACACAGAUACCAGAGCGAAAGAUGUGCUUGAUUUCAUUUGUUCAAAAUUCGGCAUUGCGUACAAUAUCACAAUAAAAUUUCUGAACCGGGAUAAAGUUCCAAUAGAGGAAGACCAAAUAGUAUCUACAAUUAAGCAGUUUGGCAGUUGCUCCUGUUUUUUGCUAGAAAUUUUAGACAAAGGUGACGUUUUGAAAGAUACUAUUAGAAGCUGUUUAAUACCAGAGUGGUUUAUUGAAAUCAAACCGUUUUUACAUCUGCUACGACUACUACCUUCAUUUACACUACGCUCAAAGGAAAAUAAACAACAACGACUAAAUUUCGAAUCAACCAUCAAUAAAUUUAUAAAUUUUCAGAAUAUAAAUACACCCAAAGACGACUUCAAAUUAAACAGCAAGCAGCCCACAAUCGUAGCAUCUGGAAAAAGUAAGGAGGAAAUUGUUCAGUAUUUUAUUUUAAUUGACGGUAAAGCUUUACAUGUGCCUAUAACAUAUACUUUCAUUGAGGUAUUUCAUUUAUAUUUUAAGUCAUUUUAUGUAUUCCAUAUAGAAUUCGAUCCAGCAUUGUCAAACUUUAUAAAAUUUUUUUCUAAGUUCAUUUACAAAGUUGAACCGAAUAUGAAGUGUUCUAAUCGAGUUCUUGAGAUCUAUAUGAAAUUCAAAAGCAAAAUUGAUGCUGAACGAUCAGUAAUUUAAAAAAUGGGAUAUUUUUGCUUUAUAUGUAAGAAACUCGGUAGGGAGAAAAGGUUUUAUAAAUAGUACUAAUCUAAAUGAAAAUGUAAAAUUUUGUCUAUCAAAGGUUUUACCAGAAUACGAAACAUGUAACAUAUAUUCUUCAACUUGGAUUGAAUAUAAGUACGGAUAUCGUUAUAGAACUGACUUUAUGCUUUAUUUGAAACGAGAAAAUGAAACGCUUAUAUUUGCACAAAUAAAAGAUAUUUAUAUUAUUAAUAAUAUAUUAUUUUAUGUUCAAUAUUAUACUACCACAACUUUUGAUGAUGUUCUUAAUAUUUACGAGGUGUCUCCUUCGAAAAAUAAGGAGGUAAUCCCCUUUGACAACCUGAAAUUUAAAAAGCCUUAUGAUUGCUAUCAUAUUAAUUCUACAGUAGAAACUCGUUUAUCCGGCCCUCAGUUAUACGGAUUCGCGAUUAUCCGGACUACCAAUCGCGACCAAUUUAUAUGUACUCGUACCUACGUACAAAUUAUGGAAUCAUGAACGUGUUGGAACGACGUUAUAUGUCUUUAUGUAAAAUGUCAGCUAAAAAUGGGUUGCAAAUAUAUUUUUCCAGGACAUUGCACGCAAAUAUACAUGGGUUUUGGUCUGACAUAUUUUACAGCCAUUGCAAAUAAUUAUCUGCGUGUGUUUGUUGUUGUGCCGGUGCACCGAGAGGAAAUAUAUGCAAUUUUCGCACCGUGCAAGGGUUUUGCAAGAGCAAGAGAAUACCUCUAGAGUGAUACUGUGAGUCUACUACAACUGAAACGAAUUCGUGAUAUAGCAGCAAUGAAGAGAAAAAGUUGCUUACGUCAAAUGACAAUUACCAAAUAUUUUAAACCAAAUUAAAUUUAUUACCUACGUACUUAUUUUAUGAUUACCAAAUGCAAAUUACCAAGUACAUAUUGUAGACAAAUUAUUCGUACAUACGUACAUACCUAAAUAUUUUAUUGUAUUUCAUGAUUAAUGCUGCAGUUUAGUAUUACGUAUGUAGUGUAAUCUAAGAAAAUAUGUCCAUACAUACAUAAGUAAGUGUUCAUUUCUUAAUAAACAUUGAUUUUCGUUGCAGGAUAUGAAUAUCUAUUUGUUUUUCUUCAUAGAUUCGAUUAUCCGGAUUUUCGAUUAUCCGAAUGCCUUUCGACAACAAUUAGUCCGGUUAAUCGAGUUUCUACUGUAAUAUAUACAUAAUAAUAACGGAUGUAAUUUUUAUCUAAAUAGUAUAUGUAAAUAGUUUUUGAACUGAAUAAAAAAUGAAUUAAAAACGAGUUCCGUUUCAUUCCAGCCUUUAUGUGGGGGCAAAUUUUGGGGAAUAGUUAAGAGUUGAAAUUACAACUUUUAGUGUCAAUUUUUUUAGCACUUUAUUGGAGCUAAAACUGCACUCAAAAUUUAAGACUUAAUAGAGUUAAAAUUACACUUUUUAGUGUAAUUCUUAUUAACACUUUAUUGGAGUUAAAAUCACACUUUAAGGUGCUGUUUACAAAUACUCUGCAUUAGUGUCAAACUUGCUCCUUUUAGUGUUAUUUAUUUUGACUCCUUUUGGUGUUAAAUUUACACCUUUUUUAGUUUAUAUAUACAGCAACACCGAAGAGUGCUGUUUUGACACCAAAACUUUUUUGUGUGUAAUGAGAAACCAUUUGAAGUACUUUAUAAUAAAGUCUCUCAUGAUAUUUUACCAG